AAAACCCGUAGGAGGAAGCAGGAAGUGCGUCUACCAAGAAAGAAAGGAGAGCCUGGACACAUAAACAAAACACAAAGAAGAAGACCAAAAGACAAACAGAAAGUUCCACACAUUUAUUGCAAUGGCCGGAAUUAAAGCGCUGGUUGGUUUAUCCUUCAGUGGCGCCAUUGGACUUACAUUUCUUCUUCUGGGCUGUGCAUUGGAGCAGUACGGGAUAUACUGGCCGCUGUUUGUCCUGAUUUUCUACAUAUUAAGCCCCAUCCCGACCUUCAUAUCCAGACGCCUUAGUGAUGACUCUGACUCCUCCAGCAACGCAUGCAGAGAGCUGGCCUACUUCUUAACAACUGGCAUCGUGGUAUCAUCUUUCGGGCUUCCCAUUGUGCUGGCCCGCAAUACCACAAUCCAGUGGGGUGCCUGUGGUCUGGUGAUGACAGGAAAUGCUGUCAUCUUCCUCACCAUCUUUGGUUUUUUUGUCGUGUUUGGAGGUGGGGACGACUUCAGCUGGGAGUAGUAGAAGAGUGCCUUCAGACAGUGGACAGAUGGAUGAAUGGAUCGAUGGAUGGGUAGGUGGACAGUUGAAUGGAAAGACAGCAGACAGAGGGGCUUAUGUGUCCUGCAUUUUAUAGGGGAUGAUGCUCAUGUACAUUAUAUGCUGCACACGUGUCCAAUUUACUGGGCAUGUUUUCAGGCCAAUUUUCUUAUUAAAGGGUGUUGGGGUUGGAGACAACAAUAUGUAUCCCAUAAAGUGCCUUAGGUUUAGGACCAUAGAGACAGCGAUGCCUAUGUAUUUUAGCUUGUCUUGCCUUUAUUUCAACCCUCAAAUCCCCCUUCUUAUUGCAGCUGCCUGCUAUUCCAUUAUGCUUCAGUUAAUCAAUUUCAUAUUGGGAUCCUAAAGAGUAACUCUAUUGUAAUGCACACUGCAUUAUCUGUCCUCGUUGUUUAAGGCAGGAUUGGCUGUACUGAAUUAUGGUUUGCUUAUUAUGAGCACUGUCUGCUGUUUUGAAGUGUGAAGGCAGGGCAAGUUAUCUUAAUCCAAGCUAACUAGUUGUCUGACUCCUCAUCAGGUAAAGAUAUAUUUGUAUGGAGAGAUUGUGUGUGUGUGUUUUUGUUUGUUUUCAUUUUGCUACAAGACUUAAUGUAAGUCUGUUUCUUAAUGUAAACAGACUUAUUAAAACUGCCUUACUUUUUGUUCUGGUGCAAUUGUUUACAUUCUCACCAAAGAUCAUUUUGAGUGCAAAAAUGGAACAUAAUUCACCUUUUUGAACUGUGGAUUUUGAUCUGAAAGCGCUGUGUAGUGAAAUUCAUACAUCUAAGAUUCUAUGUUCAAGUAUUGUGUGAACAGGCCUGAAGAAGCACUUAUAUCCAUUUUAUAUUCCUGCAGAUGACAACAUUCAUACAAUUGACCCACUAAGAGCAUGAUAUUAAUCUGUGAAUGAUUAUUACAUGUUGAAUGGUAAAUAUGUUUUAAGGACUUUGCCUGCAAGCUCAUUCACAAGUGCCUGUCAUCCAGUGUAUAUUUUUAAUAAUAGAUAAAUCACUGUGAUUUGGUUUUGAGUCAGAAUGUGGGGUUUCGUCAUCAUCCUCAUCAUAGGCCAUUACAAUGUGUAGUAGUAAAAUCACUAUAACAUAAUCGUGUUUUAUUUCAUCAUUACCAGUAACUGACUUUUACUGAGGUUAUGAAGUGUGUAUGAUUAGCCCACUUGACUAUCACAACAAAUUCUAGUUAGUGUCCUGUAUAAUCUCUGAUUUUCCAAUACCUUAACUGCUUUCAAAGGGUAAUAUUAUAUUGUAUGUCUCAGAACUGACAUGUAAAGAAAGCUUUCUAUUGUGACUCUCAUACACACACUAACGAGUUCUCCGAAGCUCUCAAAGGUUAUUCUAUAAGCUCCGGGUUACAUUUUGUUUUCUAACAUUGAUUAAAACUCCCUGUGUAAUGAAACAAA